AUGUAUGAGAUAGCAACUUGCAACUUUCCAAAAAACCUAAAACAAAGAAGUCGUACGUUAACUACGAUCAAAGGAUAUAACAAGACAGAUGAAAAUAAUGAACUUUUAAAUUCAUCAACCCUAGAAGAUCUCAUGUGGAUAUUAGCUUCUACAGUUGAAGAAGUCUUUGCUGAUGAAUCUACUAUGCCUGCUCGAUUGGAACCCGGUUCAACGUGGGCCGCUUAUAAUUCCCUAAUUAUUGAGGUAAAACCGAAAAAUUCUGUUCAGGUAACGGCUAUGCAAAACCUUGAAAGAAUAAACAAAUAUCUUCAAGGUAACGACAAAAAACUCAUUGUUACUCUCGACCUUGGUUUGUACAGACCGGUUCUGCAAUUGCAGAUGGCGUUAUCGCAGCGCAAUUGGUUUUUAGUUCCAGGAGAUUUACAUAUCCAGAUGGCCCAAUUGGGAGCUAUUGGAAACUACAUUGAACUCACUGGUAUUCCUGAGGCAUGGGUCGAGAGUGGCUUGUACAGUGAAACAACUGUAAAGCACAUACUGGACGGAAAACCUGGUCGGCGAUCAUUGAAAGCCCAUAUAGUAACAGUAACUUCCCUUUCUAUAUUAUUACUUGAAAGUUUCUUUGAAAAAAAUCACUAUUUGAAAGAAGGAUGUAGUGCUAUAGCUAUUGAAAUGAGGAAUAUCUGGAAAACGAAGGACCGUUGUGAUAUUACUACACAAUCACAUUCAAUGAGAGAAAGACUGAAGGAUUUGGAUUUUCCUCUCAAAUUGGAAAAUUUCUUUAAAGAGAAGAGUGAACUGAGCCCAACGUUCAAGAUGGUGAAAAACUACAUGCAUAUGGUUUUUUCUAUGCUAGCUUUCGCUCGUUCAACAAGGAAUGCAAACUGGAAUCUGCGUAUCGCAGCUCUAGAUGACUUCACCAAGUACUUCUUUGCACUAGAUUUACGUAACUAUGCUUUUUUGUGUGCAUGGUAUAUUUCUGAGGUCAGAUCUUUAGAGAUACUAGACCAUGAAACCUUGACCCAACUGAAAAGUGGCAAUUGGUACCCCAAUAAAAGUAAUAAUCCAUUCUGUUGUUUAGGGGUAGAUGAAGCUCUGGAACAAGAGAAUAGAAGAUUGAAAGUGUUAGGCGGAAUUGUUGGAAUCACAAGGCGCCAGCAAACUCUCACGAAGUACUUUCUAGCAUCACCAGAAAUAGCAAAACUGACCCGACAAGCAGAUGUUGUAUCUAGCUCUUCGAAUAAGGCCAUGCAUCAUGAAGUGAACAAUGCAAUAUCAACAAGGCAAAAUCGCAACGUGAUUGCUCUUCUACAAUGCUUAAGCUCAUACACAAAUCCUUUUCAGUAG